AUGAAUGAAACCCUAGAAUUGGUUGCGGCGGAGAGGGAAAGAAGAAGGUGAGGAAAAUGGAACAGGUACAAUGCUUUGGGCGGAAGAAGAACGCCGUUGCAGUUACUCACUGCAAGAGAGGUCGCGGUCUGAUCAAGAUCAAUGGAUGUCCAAUAGAACUGGUGGAGCCUGAGAUUCUUCGUUUCAAGGCAUACGAACCAAUCCUCCUUCUCGGCAGACACCGUUUCAGCGGCGUUGAUAUGAGGAUCCGUGUGAAGGGAGGAGGUCACACUUCUCAGAUCUACGCCAUUCGUCAGAGUAUUGCUAAGGCUUUGGUUGCUUAUUAUCAGAAAUAUGUUGAUGAACAGAGUAAGAAAGAAAUUAAGGAUAUUCUUGUUCGUUAUGAUCGUACUCUUCUUGUUGCUGAUCCUAGACGUUGUGAGCCUAAGAAGUUUGGUGGUCGUGGUGCUCGUGCUAGGUUCCAGAAAUCUUAUCGUUAGAUUUUUUUAUGUUAUUGUUAUGUACUUUUUUUAAUAAUUCAGUUUUAUGUUAUAUUUCUGUGUUACAUGUUUUUUGAAUUGGUUGUUCUGUAAGAUCCUGAAUGCAAUUGCCAAGUUGUAUGAUGAAGAUUAGUUGGUAAUUCAACAAUCUCAUUUCUAUUGAAACCAACCAAUAAAACAAGUUAUGAAUAAGAAGAAGAAAGAUAUACAAUCUAUUCUAUUAAA